AUGGAAGCAGACACCUUGGCAAAGGAAGCCUCAGCGAACGAAGCAAUGGAUGAGUUUGAUGAAAUUCAAUAUAUGCCGAGCAUAGAUUUUUCGGAAGUACAGCAGAUAGAAAACAAAGGAAAUUGGAUGACUCCAAUACUGACAUACCUUAAAGACGGGAAGCUUCCAGAAGAGAAGGACGAGGCCAGAAAGGUUAGGGUUAGAUUAGCCAAGUACGUCUUUAUAGACAAGGUACUAUACAAAAGGGGCUUUUCUGAACCUUAUUUAAGGUGUUUAGCCCUGGACGAGGCAAAUUAUGUAUUGAGAGAGAUUCAUGAAGAAGCAUGUGGUAAUCACUCAGGAGCCAAAGUAUUGGUUCACAAGGUCGUCCGUGCAGGAUAUUACUGGCCAACUAUUCAAGCAAACGCAAAGGCUUAUAUCAAGGGGUUAAAUAUCUUGGGCCCUUUUCCACUUGGAACAAGGCAGAUGAAAUUCUUGGUAGUUGGAAUUGACUAUUUCACUAAGUUGGUGGAACCAGAACCCUUAGCUAAGAUCACGCAACAGAAAGUCAAGAACUUCAUCUGGAAAAAUAUUGUGUGCAGGUUUGGAGUGCCCAGAGUACUAAUAUCAGACAACGGACUACAGUUUGAUAACACACUUUUCAAAGACUUCUGCGAACACUUCGGCAUUCAAAAUUAUUCCUCACCCGCCCACUCCCAAGCAAACGGUCAAGCAGAAGUAGCAAACCGAUCCUUAUUGAAAAUCAUCAAGACUCGACUUGAAUGGGUAAAAGGCGUAUGGCCAGACGAGCUACCAGGUGUUCUGUGGGCCUACAGGACAACAGUGAAAACCCCCAUGGGGGAAACUUCUUUUAAGCUAGCCUAUGGAAGUGAAGCAGUGAUACCUGUAGAAGUACAUAUGGCCAAUUACAGAGUAAUGAAGUAUCAAGACGAAGGUAAUAAGGUACAACUCUGCCUUAACCUUGAUCUAAUAGACAAGGUGAGGAUAGACACAAAGCAAAGGACAGCAAGGUAUAAGAACCUCAUGGCCAAACAAUAUGAUGCAAUGGUAAAACUUAGGCGUUUCAACAUAGGAGACCUCGUCUUAAAAAGGGUCUCCUUGGCAACCAAGAACCCAGCUCAUGGGAAAUUGGGACCCAAUUAA